AUGACGGACACGGACGAGCGGACGGCCACGCCCACGCCGUCGACAGAAGGCGAUGCUGUCGCGGCCACCACGGCGGACGAAAAGAAGAACCACCUUGCCGUGCCCGAUGGACAGGAAGGGCCCGCCGCACUCGCGCCGUCAACUACACACGGCUCCAACGCCGAGCCAAAGUAUGUCACCGGCGUCAAGCUGUGGCUGGUUGUCUUGGCCCUGUCGCUGGCCUUCUUUAUCAUGAUGCUCGACAUGUCCAUUGUGGCAACGGCGAUCCCGCGCAUCACCAACGAGUUCCACUCGCUCAACGACGUGGGCUGGUAUGGUGCCGCCUACCAGUUGGCCUGCGCUCCGAUGCAGCCCUUGUCUGGCAAAAUCUACACGUACUUUAAGACCAAGUGGGCCUUCCUCAUCUACCUUUUCAUCUUUGAACUCGGCUCGCUCAUCUGCGGCGUGGCCCAGUCGUCGACGAUGCUGAUCGUCGGCCGGGCGGUGGCCGGCCUGGGCGGAGCCGGUAUUCAGAACGGCACCCUGACCAUCUUGGCCGGCCUGGCGCCCUUGGCCCGCAGAGCGUUCUUGACGGGCAUCGUUCUCGGCAUCGCUCAGCUCGGUGUCGUGGCCGGACCGCUCCUCGGCGGCGUUUUCACGGAAUUCGCCACAUGGAGAUGGUGCUUCUACGUUAACCUGCCAGUCGGCGCCGUCGUGGCCUCGCUCAUUCUUCUCAUCCACAUCCCAGAGCAGACGGAAAAGAUGCCAUGGCGCGGCCAGAGCAAGGAGGCCAUCAGGCGCCAGCUGCGCCUCGUGCUCUUGCACCGCAUGGACCUCGUUGGCUUCUUCGUCUUCUCCGGCGCCACCAUCCAGCUUCUUCUCGCUCUGCAGUGGGGCGGCACGGUCGCGCACCCCUGGAACUCCUCAGUUAUUAUCGGACUGUUUGUUGGCGCCGGUGUCACGGCCCUCCUCUGGGGCGCCUGGAACUACCGGAUGAGCCACUGGCUUGGUUCCGACGACAUCCCCAACCGCAACGGCGAGGCCGCCCUCGUCCCCACGCCCAUUGCGCGCGAGCGCACCGUCUACUCGGGCUCCUUUGCGAGCUUCACGCUCAUGGGCACCAUCAUUAUGAACGCCUUCUUUAUCGCAAUCUAUUUUCAGACCGCCCGCGAUGCUUCGCCAGUUUUGAGUGGCGUCAACAUCUUGCCCAACAUCCUGAGCCAGCUGUUCUUCGCCGUCGCCUCCAGCACCGCCAUCAGCAAAAUGGGCUACUACCUGCCCUGGGCCUUCGCCGGCACCAUCCUCAACAGCAUCGGCACGGGGCUGCUGUCGACCCUCUCGCCCACCACGCCGACAGGCCACUGGAUCGGGUUCCAGAUCUUGGCCGGCGCCGGCCGCGGCAUGGUGUUUCAGGCACCAAUUCUCGCCAUUCAGCACGCCGUCCAGCCCAACCAGAUUAGCGUCGCCGUCGGCCUCUUCAGUUUCGGCCAAAACGUCGGCGGCGCCGUCCUCCUGACCAUCGCUAACACCGUCUUUGACAACAGCCUCAAGUCGCAGCUGCGGCAGCACGCGCCCGGCGUCAACCCAGAGGCCGUCAUUGCCGCCGGUGCCACGGCCUUCCGGGCCGUCGUCCCCGUCGCCAGCGUCCCCGGUGUCAUCCUGGCCUACGCCAACAGCGUCGACCGCGUCUUUUACUUUGCCGCUGCUCUGUCUGUGCUGACCUUUUUCUCGACAUUCGGUCUCGGCUGGAAAGACAUUCGGGUCAAAAAGGGCCCGUCGACGACAGCCGGCGCCGAGGUAUCACCAGCCAAAACGGACAUCGAGGUGGCUGCAAAGGCGGCCGAUGACAACGUUGAGGGGUUGGCCGAGGACGCGCCCGAGGCGGCGCGAGAUACCAAGGGGGAAGACAGAGUGUGA